ACUCCUCCCUCAGAUUAUCCCUAUCAGAAACAGAAACCAUUAAAUGAAAAAUAAAAAAUAAAAAAUAAAAUCCACUCCAAAUUCCAAUUCCCAUAAAAAUCAGAAUUCAAAUCCAUCAAUUCCACUCUCCGAAAAAUUCAAAUCUCUUCCAACACGUUAAACACUACAUGUUUAUGGCUGCAAUUUCUGCUACUGCCACUACUAGUGUUACUACCACCACUUCAAUUCCUCCUCCUCCGUGGAUCCCCGAAGACGACCUCUUGUUGAAAAACGCUAUCGAGGCAGGUGCUUCGUUGGAAGCGCUGGCGAAAGGGGCGGUGAGAUUUUCGAGGAAAUUUAGUGUGCGUGAAUUGAGUGAUCGCUGGCAUUCUUUACUGUAUGAUGAUGAUGUUUCGGCUAAAGCGUCUGGUCGAAUGGUAGAGUUACAACUUUCUAAUGUGUCCUUUUCCAAAGUAAAUACUAUUACUAGUAGCAGUAAUAAUAAUAAAUUUGGUGUUGCUGUGAAAGAGAGUGGUUCUGUGAAGAGAAAAUUUGAAUGUAUUCGGCAAUUGUAUUAUACAACGAGGAAGAAAUUGCGGAAGCGUGGUGGUGGAGGGUGUGGUGAUUUUUGUUUUCUUGAUUCGCUGGAUGGUGGUUCUUUUGAAGGGGGUGUUGGAUUUGGUGGGAAUGGCGGGUUUGGAGAGGAUGAUCGAGUGCGUUUUGGAUUUGUUGGGGGAAAUGAAGGUGGGGAAGGGGAUGUGUGUUUUGAGAGAGAAAGUGUGCAAAGGGAUGUGCAGGAUGUUGAAGAUGGAUUCGUUAAGUUUCGAGAUUCUAAGAGAAGUGAGGAACCUGGGCCAUGUGGUGUGCCAGAAAGUGAUGCUUUGAUUCAUGCAGGGCAAAUGGAGUCUUUGGCACCAAGGGUGCCAUUAUGGAAAGGGAUGGAGGAUGUUUCUGCACCUAAAAUGCCAGCGAGUGUGAAUUGUAAAGGUCAUAGUGAAGGGGAUUUGAUUGUAAAUCAUGAUGAUAUAAAUGGGUAUAAAAUGAGUUUGGUGGGAGUUGAGGUUGAUCGCUCCAGAGUAGAGUUGCGUGAUGAACCUGUAUUUGAUGUACGUGAUAGGUCAACUGCAAUUUCAGAAUCUGAUUUUCCAGAUAUUUCAGACUCGCUCUUGAACUUUCCAAAUGACAAUGAGCCACUUUUUAUCGAUGUUAACGGGAACGACGCUAUAGAUAAAGCUUGUUAUGAUAGCAUUACCACUUCACUUUUGGUGAGUUCUCCUAAUGAUGUUCAGGGUGAAGUGCCUGAUGUUAAAGAUCCAGUGACGUUAGCCUCAGAUACAAGCCUCGGAAUACCUGAUGGUGCAUGCCCUGCAGAGUUAGAGGUUAUUGCAGAGGAAUCGCAUUCUGUUGGUGGUAAGCAGGAUAUUCAUUGUGUGUCAGAAAUGAACGCACCACCAUCUGCAUCAGCACCAAAAGUUCUGUCCGCCGAAGAAAAUGAUGGAGAGAUGGAGUGCACGUUGAAUAUGGAAGACUUUGAAAUCCCAUGCAAUGAUGAUGUUUUCAUAGUUAAAACAAUUGCUUCUCCCAUAAUGGAACAAAUUUCUAACCUGACUCACAAUCUGCCUUCCUCGAGCCUUGAUAAAAAGGAUUGCAAACAAGAGAUAAUCUUGCUGAAGAAAGAAGGAAUUCCUGCUCAAUGUCUUACUUCUCCGCAGAUGGUAGGUUGCAGUAUGUUGCCAGUAACCAGUCCAAGACACCAAACUGUUUGCAGUGGUGCCAAAUGCGAGUCUCUUGCUUUAAUUUCUAGACCAGUUAUCACAGCCCAUGUAGAACCAAGCGAGGGCAGUGUAGCCUUGGGAGCUCCUACUCCCACAGUGGGACUGCCAAAGUCUGGGUCAUUACAUGAAAAAUUAAGUUUGCCUAUAAAAGUUAUUUCAGUACCCUCAACAUCAAAUCAGGAAGAAUCCGGGAGCGAUGAUGAUGUUCCCUGCUUUUCAGACAUUGAAGCCAUGAUACUUGAAAUGGAUCUAUGCCCGGAUGAUUCAGAUUCAUUUUUUAAUCACGAAGUCUCAAGAUAUCAGAAUGAAGAUGCAAUGAGGGCAAUUAUAAGGUUGGAACAGUGUGCUCAGUCUUCUAUGCAACGAGCCAUUGUUUCUCGAGGAGCACUUGCUGUCUUGUAUGGGCGCCAUUUGAAGCAUUAUAUCAAGGACACUGAGGUUAUGCUUGGCAGAGCGACAGAGGAUAUGGAUGUUGAUAUUGAUUUGGGUAGAGAAGGGCCUGCCAACAAAAUAUCAAGACGGCAGGCACUAAUAAAGAUGGAAGGAGAUGGUUCUUUCUUUUUGAAGAAUCUUGGUAAGAGUCCAAUGUUUUUGAAUGGCAAAGAACUUACUUGUGGACAGAGCAUGGGACUGAGAUCAAGUAGUUUGAUUGAGAUUAGGGAAAUGGCAUUUGUCUUUGAAGUGAAUAGCAAAUCGGUGAAGCGGCAUCUGGUGAGUGUCAUCAAAAACCACAAAGAAAACAAUUUCAAAUCUCAAUGGUCAGAUAAAGGGGUAAACCACCGAGAAACAGAUUUCAAGUUUGAAUGGUCAGAAGGGGUUCCAUGACCUGAGAAAAGUCACCACCAGGUUCCUUCAUUUUUCCAUCUUGAGCUUCUUAGAGCAUAAAAAAAGUUUAACUGUUGUGCAUCCCUUGUUGCUAGCAUUUGUAUUAUCCAACCAUAUAAUGUUUAGACAAUGUCCUGCAGUAGAGAUAAUUAACAGAUAACCAUGUUAUGUAUAUGAAUAGUUGUGGAUACCAAAAUUAGAGAGUAAAAUGGCUGGAUGAAAGUGCCACUUCUCGUCAA